AACCAAAGUACAAUUUGAAACAUUUCACAGCCACCCGAAACUGAAACUAAAGUGCUGUAUUUCAAAAAAGCCAUAUCACCUCUACUUCUCUUUCCCUCAUCACACAAUGCUGAAAGGCAGGAGGGAGCCAUGAUCCAUCUGCUGCUGUGGCUACAGGCCCUUCUACAUCUGCAAACAAGUGCCGCAGCUCCACAGGAGCUGAAUGGGGCCAUCGGAGGGUCAGUCACCUUCCCCCUGGACAUCCAAGCAGUGUGGCAGGUCAAGAGCGUCUUCUGGACUUCCAAAGGAGCCAUCGCCACGGUGAUCCCAGAGGGGCCGGGGAACCCUCCUCAAAUCAUCGCCUACACUCAGCAAUACAAGGGACGGCUGAUCGUCGCCGCCAACUACGACCUGACCAUCGGCAACCUGAGCCUGGAGGACGCCGGAACCUACAGAGCCGACGUCAGCAUUGCCCAAACCACCAACACCACCCAGUUCUCUCUGCGCAUCUGGGAUCUGCUGACGGAGCCCUCGGUGAUGGUGAAUUCCAUGAUGGUGAAUUCCACGGCGUCUGACAACGGCCACUGUAACGUCACCCUGACCUGCUCCGUGGCCAGGGGAGGGGAUAACGUGACAUUUAGCUGGAUGCCCCUGGGGCCUGAGACUUCCGUGUCCCCCUACGACUAUGUCCUCAGCAUCGCCUGGAGGCCCGGGGACCCUCCCCAAGACUACACUUGCACAGCCACAAACCCCAUCAGCAAUAGCUCCCACACCAUCCCCGCUGACCGGAUCCACUGUCCAGGCAUGAUGAACGCAUCGGAAUUGAGCCGGACCACGGUGCGUGCGGUUGUCCUAGUCCUGGUGGUAGUAUCCAUCAUCUUGGUCGGGGUCCUGGUCAUAUGGUGGCAGAUGAAGCAAAGACAAAGAGACAGUGUUAACCCACAGGAACCACACCGAUCUCUGAACCGCCCGUGGAAAGAGACCCCAGUGAACGCCAGUGCCGCAAUUUACUCGACCGUCCAGCCAACCCAGAAGGCGGAGACCACCCCCGCAUCCCAUUGACCUAUGAAAAUAUCAUAUGAGCAGUAGCGUGGUCUGGGCUAACCCGAGUGACUGAGGCCACACCCGGCCCACGGAGAGACUGUGCAGGCGGCCCGGCUGACGGCAGGAAAGCGACUGUGGCCCAGGGAGGGAGUGGACACCCACGAUUCCCGACCCCCACAACUGACCCGCGAGCACAGAAGCAAAAUUCUGCAGAAUGAGACCUCUCCCCCAGGCCACCUUAGUCUUGGAAAAUCCACUCCUUGGGACUCAGAAUCUCCCAUUUCUGAUCCUGCCCCUCUGAAAGGGGCUUGGAUGCUCCUAAAGAACCCUCCCCCCGGGACUUGACUUUGGGUGCUUCCCUGGCCACGCUCCAGGCUUGUCCAAGGACAGCCCCAAUCCUUCCCAUCCCCCACUGAUGGAGGUAAGGAGACGUGAGCCACUUGCCUCCAUUUGCUGAAACAACAUGCCGCACAAAUGGCCGGAAGGGAGACCACUUUAACCUCCACAUCUUCUGCCCGACCCCCAAGCACUUAGUAUAGUGUGCUGCAUAUAGUAAGCAUUCAAUAACCACAAUUGAUUAAUUGAAAA